AUGCAUUCUCUUCGUGCUUCGACCAUGCGUAGCCAGCCAGGCAGGUACCCUGCAUCAGUGAUAGAUGAAGUGCAAGAGUCGACGGACAGGCGGCUGGUCCACCCAACCACACGGCACACCAAGAGCCUUUGCCUCCUAGUCGUCAAGCUCCUGCGUCUCAAACAUCCAAGGCUGCAACGACGCCGGCGUCUGCUCCCUCCACAUCCUCUCAACUUUGAGCACCUUUUGCAUUCAUUCUUCACCACCACCGCCGCCACCACCACCGCCGCCACCACUACCACCAACAACGCCCUCCCGCCCGAACGUACACCGCGUGCUGCCCUGGUCCAACUGCAAAAAACAGCCGGCCACAUUCUCAAGUUGGAAAAGACACACGCCCACCAAGCGUCUCAAUCCCAAUCGGAUCCGUCAAAGCCCGUGGAGGCCGUUCUUCCCACCGAAAAGGACAUUACAGAGUUUCUGACGCACUUCCUGGAAGCCAGCAACUCGAUCCUCCAAAGCAGCUACAUCAACUGGCGUAAAUGUGGCCGAAAGACCGAGGACACUGGCAGGGCCAAGGAGGACGAGAGUGACAAGGCGACCAAGAAGAGAAAGCGCGAGGACGGCGCGGGUGACGUGCCCUCCACGAACGCAAAGAGGCCAAAAGCCCACGCAGAGACGCAAGUCGACAGCAAAAAGAACGAAACCAAACCCCAGCACGGCAAGGCCACGCCCAACGUGAUUGUCAUUGUCGACUCAGACAGCUCCGACGACGAAACAGCCAUCGCCACACGUCCAGAGACAGAGACCGUUCCCAUCCAGCCACAGCCACAGCCCCAGCCCGCGAUGCCUUCCAGACGUCCCGUGGCCUUUCCCUCGCCGCCGCCACAGAAUCCGCGCUGGGACCACCUGCCCGACGCCAUGAAGCUGAUUCUGGUCAAGGAGUUGACGUCCUGGUACCGCUACCGCGACGCCGUGCUGCUGCUGCGUCUCACCGUGGUCCAAGAGCAAGCCUUCCGCGCACUGUAUGGCGGCGAGAUCAAGAAACAGCAGCAGUUUGACCGGGCCGUCCGCGCGCGGCUCGACGCCCGCGACCGCGAACUCUUUGCCAACCGGCCGUACACAUCGUGGGACCAGCCGACACCGUCGAACGCGCGCAUCCUGGCGGAGGAGGCCGUGGACGCCGGGGUGGACGCCGGGGUGGACGCGAGCCUGCCCCGUCUCGAGCUGCUGACCAACUACAUUACCGUCCAAAACAUCAAAAUGGGCGAGGCGUACCUGGUGGCGGCGGGCUUCGACCGCGACUGGGUCGACCUGGGCCACUGGACGGGCCACACUGGCACGGCACGCUUUGAGAUUGAGAUGAAGGGCGCCGCCGCCGACGACGACGACGACGGCAACACCAAGGGCCAUCACCAGCGGGCGUGCGGCGCCGGCAGCCAGGGCACGAGCCGUCUGCAGCGACAGGCACCCGAGUGGCCCGGGCGGACGCGCAUGGCCGAGGUGCAGCAAGCGCGAGAUCGAGCGCAGGCCCACGCGCAGGCCAGCAUACCCUUGCCCUCUCAGCCAUCGACGUACCGUCGACGCAAUCGAGCUGGCGCCCACUGCGGCAGCAGCACAAGCACAAGCACGACGCGUGGCGCGCCCAUCGAAGAGUCCGUCGAGCCGAGCGAACGGCCGACACAGAAACGAGGCCGCGGACGGCCAAGAGUGCGCAACAGCGUCGGCCGUCAAGCACGGAAGCAGGCCAAGGAAGACAACGGAACUGCCGCAGAUGACGGCGUCACGGAAGACAGAAACGUCGCGGCCGGCAUGGAAGGUUACCAAGCAGCGGCUUUCGUGCCGUUGGAAACGCUACAGGGGGCAAGCACGGAGACGAGUGUGGCUGGUUGCCACAACGGCGAAGAAGAUGGAGUGCAUGUGAUGGAAUAG